UGAAUGGACGCACACACACACACACAUAUAGCUAUUUAUUUAUUGUAUAUAUAUAUUACGACAACUGCUAGUGGCAAAGAUACGAUCGACGACUAUUUCAUUUCUUUCUUUCUUCUUACAACAUAUUACAGUAGAACCGAGAUCCAUAGCGUAUGAAUAAUUCGCCUACUUCUAGCAAAAUCAACUUGCAUACAAAACGUUCUUUGAGUAUGUCCUCAGAAGCCAGUGGUCUUCACGUUCGAUUGCCUACACUUCACCACUCGGAAAGAGAACCUGCGCCUUAUUCUCCCAUAUCUCAAAACAACAUGUGUCCUUCUGAAUCGAACUGGGCAAACAAGUAUGAAGAUUUCGAUAUUGGCAAACCCAUAGGCUAUGGCUCAUCCGCUGUUGUUUAUGAAGCUGUCUAUAAACCACUCAAGAAGCGAGUGGCAGUAAAAAUGAUUGACUUGGAUAUGUUUGAACGCAACCAAAUUGAUGAACUUAGGCGUGAAACUGCCUUAAUGGCCUUAUCCAAGCAUCCCAAUGUCUUGAGAGUCUAUGGUUCUUUUGUGAAUGGAUCUAAAUUGUACAUUGUUACACCUUAUUUAUCUGCUGGUUCUUGUCUGGAUAUCAUGAAGACUUCUUUUCCUGAUGGUCUUGAUGAAAUCAGCAUUGCGACUAUCCUCAAACAAGCACUGGAAGGCCUUGUAUAUCUUCAUAAAAAUGGUCAUAUUCAUCGUGACGUCAAAGCAGGCAAUCUUUUAAUGGAUCAGUAUGGUACUGUUCUCUUAGCUGAUUUUGGUGUCUCUAGUUCGCUGACGGAGAAUGGCGAUAUGCGCAAAACGUUUGUCGGUACGCCUUGUUGGAUGGCACCCGAAGUGAUGGAACAAGCAGGCUAUGAUUACAAAGCAGACAUUUGGAGCUUUGGGAUCACCUCUUUGGAAUUGGCCACAGGUCAUGCGCCAUUUGCUAAAUAUCCACCUAUGAAAGUACUCAUGAUGACAUUAUCCAAUGCACCGCCUACACUCGACAGAGAAGCUACAAAACACAAGUACUCCAAGCUAUUUAAAGACAUGAUUGAUCUUUGCUUGCAAAAAGACCCUAGUAAACGACCCUCGGCCGAGAAAUUACUCGCUCAUCCGUUUUUUAAGCAAGCCAAGAAAAAGGACCAUUUGGUCAAGUCCAUUUUAUCGCAUGUGUUACCUUUGGAUCAAAGGCCACACAAGAAAGUGCCUCAGAAACACAUCUCGUUUGAAGCAACUGAGCAAUGGGAUUUUGAUACACAAGACAAUGAUCCACCUGUUGUGAUCGAUAAAUCAGAGACACCCAUCUUGUCAAGUGCACCACUGGAAAGAUCGCGCUCUGUUGUCCAAUUCGAGGAGUGUCCUAAACCUAUCCAUAAAUCGUCUUCACCUGUGGAGACAGAACCUAUCAAGAAACACAUUUCGUUUGGGGAUGCUGUGAUUCGCGAAUUGCCUUCUGUCAAUCGACCUGGGAUCAUGUCUCCUCUUGUAGAAAGUCCUCCUCAUCACGAUGAUUAUUUGCCUACAACAACGCCCAAAAAGUCAAGAUUUGUGAUUGAGGGUACUCAACCUUCUCCUGCAUCGGACUCACCUGCUUCCAAUGUAUCUGCAGAAGCUAUCAAUGUACAUUCAGGAGGUGUCGGCUUAGGCAUUUCUACCACACCUGUAAAUAAUACACAUGCCCUUCCACCUCCACCCCCACCACCUCUUUCUUCUGCAGCAGCCAAUAUCCAAAGCAAUGAUAACACGUUACAAGAAGGCGAAUUCAAAAAGGGCAGAUUCAGUGUGAACCAAACACAUACCACCACCACUCGACCCACAACACCAGCACCUGUUGAAGAACAUAUCAUGGUGAGCACACCUGUAGAAUUCAAACCUACACCCAUGUAUCGAAAUGCGAGCCAGGAUAGCUUCCAAGAACAACGAAGAUCAAGGUUUGAAAUCAAGCACACAGCACCCAAUACACCCAUUGAACCCCUUAUGAUGCAAGGCUUACCCUUGACACGCGAAAGCUCGAAUGCUUCUUCCAUCGCAUUAUCUCGAGAUGGUUCUGUCAGCAAUAGUAAAAUCAGCCGUUUCUCUAUUGAGAAGCCUGAAGGUAGUGAAGUAUCCUUGUCGGCUGUGUCUCCUGAAUGUCGUAAAAAGGGUCGUUUUGAAUUGACAGGUGGAUCUACAAAUGAACCCUCUGGUUUUCAUUCAGAUUCACCACAGUCUACCGUCGCUCCUUCACCUGCUAUUUCACCUAGUAAUUCACUCUCAAGAGGACAAGCACAUCGUAUCCUUGACUCUUCUAUGCCUCAUUUAGUGUAUUCACAUAUGGAAUCCUUGAUCAAACAAAACGAAAUCCAAAAAAGUAUGUUGCAGGAUCUAUUGACCACCUUACCCUUUAUGUAUCACCCACCCGCCACACGAUCACGUACUGCGUCAGAUAGCAAGAAACCACCUUCUGUCAUCACGACACAACUGGACGAAUCCUAUCAAAGGUAAAUUGUUGCAUGUUUGCAACCCUAUACUUAUCUCAUUAGACCCCCAUUUACCAUCACACCUUCUUCUUCAUGUACUAGUUUGAGUUCAGAUAUCAACAUGACCAUCGAACACCUUCAACAACUGCUGAUUGCCUCAAGUAAAGAAAAAGAAAGACUUCAGCGAGAAAACGAAGGCCUGAGACGAGAAAUAGAUAAAUUAAAAAAGAAUCCUCAACAAGGCAUAUUAAAAAAGCCUUCCAUAGAUGCCAGUACAGAUCCUGUUGCGCCGGAAGCAACACCUGCAAAUAAUCAAUAAUAAGUAAUAAUUAAUCUGAUAAAAAAAAAGUGUA